AUGCUUGGAGGCAUUUUACUCAUUCUAAUCGUGCACACGGAGUUGUUUAAGUGCGACACGGCCUUGCAACGAACCAGGCGAGCGGCUGUUCCUUUCAACGCCAUCCGCUGGCCCAACAAUGUCAUCCCUUUCAUCAUCGACAAGGUCUACUUCAAGACUCACGAGUUGAGGGACCUCGAAGCCGCCAUGAAGACGUGGAACGACGAGACCUGCGUCCGUUUCCGAGCUUACCGCAGAGGCGACAAGCAGUGGAUCCGAAUAACGGACGGGGACAGCUGCUUUUCUCAAUACGUGGGCUACAGUGGACGUGGAGGCGAGCAAAGACUUACGCUUUCCAAAAAUGGCUGCCGAUUCUAUGGCCUGUGUCUUCACGAGCUGGGUCACGUGAUCGGACUGGACCACGAACACGUGCGCUCCGACAGAGACGAGCACCUUCAGGUCAACCUUGCCGGCGUGCCGAGGGACCUCUGGGCAUUCUUUAGCCGCAGAACCAAGGACCAACUCAAGACCUACGACUCGCCGUACGACUUGCAGUCGGUAAUGCACUACGGCGCCUCGUCACUAUCGCUCUUUGCCGACAAAACACCAAUAGACGUGAAGGACCCCAAUAUGCGUCAUGUUCUUCGAGACGUUUACAUCAAGGAGACCUCAUUUUGGGACGCGAGAGCUGUGAAUCUGCACUACCAGUGUCAAGAAGAGUGUCAAAGUGCGCGACCCUCGUGCGACUUCCCAGGAUACGUCGACAAGUUCUGCAAGUGUCAGCAGCCAGCAGAAUUCUCGCGACGUCGAUGCGUGGACGUCCACGGCACCCCUGAGUGUCGAAACCUCGCCGAGAAGCUGGAGUGCUACCGCAACGCCAGCUUCAUGUCCAUCAACUGUCGCAAAACCUGCGGCUUUUGCUACAAGGACAAACUUUCUGAAAUUGAAAAGCCACCGAAGCAAGACUGCAAAGAUCGCCAUGAGAAUUGCGCAGCGUGGUCCAAGGAAGGUCAGUGCACGAAGGCUUCGAGUUACAUGAAGCUGAUGUGCCCUGAAAGCUGUGGCUUGUGCCAGGGCACCGACAACUCAGCAGAGGAGGGUGGGAGUGAAUGCGUGGACCACUACGUGUACCCCUCAGACUGCGAGGCUUGGGCAAAGCAGGGCCUAUGCGAAGCCAACAAACUGUGGAUGUACUACAAUUGUGCUAAAUCCUGCGGACGAUGUUCUAACAGUAAAGGGCCUCAGAACGAGCCUGUAUCGGACACAUGUCAAGUUGGUGAUCCAGCCAAUGGCUGUCCGCGGUAUUCGUCACAGUGCAGGAGCCUUGCCAUCUACCGCCGCUGUCCCAACGUGUGCAAAAAUUGUGGUCCAUGUGCUGACGCAAUGCGGAAUUGUGAAACACUUAAGAAGUACGGCUACUGUGCGACUUACCCCGCCUCAACUAUACCUCAAUGCAGAAAAACGUGCGGCGCAUGUGUCUGA